AGGAAAUACGCCCCUUGUGUGUGCUCUCUUCCUGUUAGCAGUUAGCGGGAAAUGCGAAUUCCGGGUUGAGCUCAUUUCACGCAGCUGCUGACUCUUGUGCUUUUAUUUUUUUGGCGGAGAAUUUCGGCUUCUUCGAGGCGAGUGUUUUGCAGGCAAUGCUUCGAGUUUUUUCCGGCAACGAGAUUUUUGGCUUGCCCAUGGAACGACGACUUGAAGGUGACUGUGGGCCGAGGCGCUGGUUGAGGACGAGACAGGCUGUGCAGUAUUUUAAGAGUCUCUUAUUGUGCUCAAAAUGUGGGAAUAUGCUGCAGGAACCUGUAUGCCUAGGAGGAUGUGAUCAUAUCUUUUGUAGGUCUUGCACUAGUGAGAGUUUAAGAGAAGGUUGCUCUGUGUGUCACACACCAACUUGGCAAAAAGAUAUCCAGAUUAACCGGCAACUGAAUGGUGUUGUGCAACUAUACAAUCAACUUGAAAAUCUGCUGAUGCUUGGCUGUGAUAAGGAAGCAGAUCCAGUUAUGGAUGAAAAUACUCCACAAAGUGCUGUUCAGCUAGAGUCGCAUGAAAAACCAAAGAAAACCUUUAAAAUUUGGUAUAGCCCUCGGACUUGUAAAGUCCGUGCAAAAGUAGAAAAGGCAGCUAACAAGAAAAAUGAGGUUCAGCAGAAAGAGGCACAACCAGCAUUUUCCGUUUUACAAGACACAUCUGUGUUUGAAUUUCCUUCUUCCGAUUCCUCAACUUCUCAAUGUGCAAAGGUGAAGAAGUCUGCACCUAGACGACAAAAGAAAAAAAGCUUGAAAAAAAUUAAUAAGGAAUGGGGAUUCAGGCAGGAGGGAUCCAAUAUAAAAGAGAGUGUAAAUGUUGAAAGUGAAGUCCUGGAGCCACCUUCUAAGAAAAUGGUAAGCUUUUCCUCUUGGGAACCAAGUGUUUGUGACUCUGUUUCAGCUCCGGAUACUAAAGGAGGCAUAAAGGCCACAGUGGAUAUUUCUUCUGCUGAAGCUGAAACCAAAGAAACUUUGACAAGCAUAUCCAAGAAAAGCAGUCUUAAAAAAGACUGCUCAGAUACAUCUCCAAGAUUAGAACACUUCAGAGGUGAGAUUGGUCUGGGGAACUCUGACUUCUGUUCCCCAGGUGUAAGCCACAGUACAAAAAGUGUUUGUCCUUCAGAUGACACCAGACCUAAGGAAAAGUUGAGUUCAUUGUUAAAUUGUCAAGUUACAAAGAAACCCAAGAAGACUCUUCCAGUGAGUCCUGCAUUUUCUUCAAGAGUCACCAGAAGACGGUCUUCCUGUACAGAAAAGGAUAGCACAGAGUCGAAAACAGGCCAGCUUUCCCCAAACGUUCUCAGUUCUCCAAGUAAAGACUUGUUAAUAACAUCCCCUUCUUUGAGGGGUCUUCAUCAAGAUACUGGUAGUUUGCAGAGGUCUCCAGGAAGUCCAGGUGUUUUUAAGAGAAAUCACAAAGGGGAGACUCCACUUCAUCUUGCAGCUAUUAAGGGAGAUGCUCUGUCAGCAGAGCAAUUACUAAAUAAUGGUGCUGACCCAAACCUCAAAGAUCAUGCAGGAUGGACACCACUGCAUGAAGCUUGUCAUCAUGGUCACUUCAAGAUUGUCGAGCUGUUACUUCAGAAAGGGGCACUUCUAAACACUCCUGGUUAUCACAACGAUUCUCCUUUGCAUGAUGCAGUGAAAAAUGGACACACGGCAAUUGUAGAGCUCCUUCUACAGCAUGGUGCCUCUCAGGAUGUAGUAAACCUCUUUGGAUUGAAACCAAUUCACUAUGCACAGAAUGAAGAUCUGAGAAACAUCCUUCAAACUGCUCCCAAGAGACUUUCUUCUCCAAAGGCCUUGACACUCAGUGGCAAGCUUACAGUUGACCAACAAAAGAAUGAAAAAUUAAUUCUUGCAAGCAGUGGGCUUUCCAAACAGCAGCAGUCACAGCUCAGCAAGCUGGCAACUCUUAUCAAAGCGGGAAAGGCUGAGCAGUACAACAGCUGUGUAACUCACAUAAUUAUCCCAGAUGAUCACUUUCCAUCAACUAUAAAGUGCAUGCUGGGAAUGCUGGCUGGAUGUUGGAUACUGAAAUUUCAGUGGGUGAAGGCAUCAUUAGAGACAGGAAAGCAAGCUCCAGAAGAAAUGUUUGAAGCUGCUGAUGGUUCAAGACAUAGUCGAAUAAAUAGGCAGCAACUACUACCAGGCCUGUUUGAUGGAUGCUACUUUUAUUUUUUGGGUUCGUUUAAAGUUCCCUCAAAAGAUGAUUUGAUUCAACUGGUGAAAACUGGUGGAGGCAACAUCCUGUGCAGGCAACCCAAACCAGACAGUGAUGUGACCCAGACCAUCAACACUGCUGCCUACCACGCAUUACCCGACUCGGACCAGUCCUUUUGCACGCAGUAUAUCUUGUAUGACAGCAGUUACAAGUAUAAGCCCAAGCAGGUACACCUGGGAAAGGUGUGGUCAGCUCCAGUGUCCUGGCUCCUCAGCUGCAUUACCAGUUUCCAAAUCUUGCCUGUGCCCGAACUUAACAGUUAACAUGAACAUCAUACUGAUAGUUUAAAUUAAUUGAAUGUCUUCGGUGAAAUGUAUUUUUCAUUCUUGAAAACUACUAAAAUGCUACCAUUGUAAUGGAAACUAAUGCUCUCAAGCACACUUGACAUUUCUUAUAACGAAACGUUGUCAUGAAUAAUGCCCAUCACAAAGCUUGCUUUUUACUAGUUGAUAAAACUACUCCCCCUGUUUUUCUUUCAACACAUGUCAGCUUGUCAAAAUGAAGUUUUCUUUACAUACUAUAAAUGGCACAAAAAUAUUAGUAAGCACAGGAUACAUUGAUGGUAUUGUUCCCUGUUAAUGUUAGAAUUUUGUAGUUGUGGAAUCGCUUUGUUUAAAAACAUUUUGUACGUCAUCGGUAAGUAUGUUACUGCCAUUAUAUGCUAGUGUUUCAGAUAGUAAAAGUGUACUAACUGUGUGCUGUUUUUUUUCCCCCCUCAAAAGUAUUGAUUCACUUGGGCAAUUCUUUGCAAUCUGCAUUAAAGGAUUACUUUCAAGUCUCUGCUGAUAAAGUGUAUAACUUCAUAAUGGAACAAAUCAAAGGAAAUUCCGCCCCACUGAAUGGUGACCAAUUUAGGAUAAGUAAAAGGUGGAUGUUGCUUGAAUUCCUUGGAAAACAGUUAUCAAUGUAGAUAAUUAAAGUUACCAACAUGGCUCGUAAAGUUUGUGUUUGUUUGUGCUUAAUGUUUGUGUAAUCAAAUGAUAUUUAAAUAGUAAAGAUCUUUGUGUUUUCUGUAAUUUUCUGCAUAAGUCUAGUCAUGUCUUCUGAUAAAAUUGUUGUCAUUUUGAGUGUUGAUUUUUCAUUUCUUUAAUAUACAUGUAGCUUUGUGUCUUUUUAA